AGGAAUAUAUAUUUUGCCAAGUCUUUAAUGAUAGAUGAAGUCUCCACUAGCAAUUGGGAAAAAGCCUUCAAGAUCAUCAAAAAGGGGGCAUAAGAAAAAAUUAAAAAUGCGCAUAGGAAGGCUAAGAAAGAAGAUUGAGGAGAUAAGUGAGUAUCAAAAAGGAAUCAAACAAGGGCAAAGGCAAUUGAAAGAAAAAUUCGAAAUCAUAGAAUCAGAAUGUGAACAACUUCAAAAGGAGACUGGAUUUAUAAUUCAACAAUGUGCCAGCACCCAAAUUCGCAUUGCCCUUAUGUUCCAAAUCUUAAACGCUAGGCAAAACAAUGACUUCACCAAAGCAUCCCAACUCACUCAAGCUCUACGUGAACUCAUAGUGGAGCAGAAAAAUCUGGACGCUUCGGCUUCAACAUACUGAGGCAAAGGAACUUGUGAAAUGGCGAGGGGGCUGGAUUAAAUUGUUUUUCUUUUUCUUGCCUUUCUUAGGUUAAUUUAUAACACAAUAUCUAUUUCACUCAAAUUAUUCUAUUUGAUAUGCUAUAACUAUUUACUCGAAUAUUAAUACAAGAAUUUGAGUAAAAUACGAAUAACUGUCACAGUUUGGACUGCAACUUGAAUUUAUGAAAAGGA